AAUUUGCAUCGCUUGCUUUGCACAUCGACUAAUUCUACCGGUAUUUGCUACCUUCCAUCAGCACACAAAUACGAGCCUGAGAACUUGUGGACAGAAUGAAGAUCAAAGUUUUACUUGCAGCAUUACUGAUAUGGAAUUUAUGUACCUCUUCCUUUGGCUUCAAUAAUGCAUCUGCUAAUAAUACGAUACGAAUCGGAUUAAAGAGGAGAAAUUUGGAUAUUUAUAGCAUAAAGGCUGCAAGAAUUUAUGCUAAACAUCAUCAGAAAGGUUCAAAUAUGAAUCUUGGUGCUCUUAGAGAUGAAAUAGUUUAUGUGAAGAACUAUAUGGACGUCCAGUAUUUCGCGGAGAUUGGUAUCGGUUCACCACCUCAGCAUUUUGCUGUUGUUUUUGAUACUGCUAGUUCAAAUCUUUGGGUCCCGUCCUCGAAAUGCAUUUUCUCUAUCGCUUGUUAUCUUCGUUCCAAGUACAGAUCAAGACUAUCGACUACAUAUACAAAAAUUGGAAAUCGUAGCAAAAUCCCUUUUGGAACUAGAUCAGUGCGCGGAUUUUUCAGCCAAGACAACGUUAAAGUUGGGAGUUCUGUCAUAAAUCAGCAGGUUUUCACUGAGGUAACUCGGGAAGGAUUUUUCACAUUCUUGAGUGCACGAUAUGAUGGGGUACUAGGACUAGGAUUUCAGGAUGUUGCUGCAGAACGAGUAACGCCAGUAUGGUAUAAUAUGUUGCUUCAACGUAUCGUUACUCAGCCAAUCUUCUCGCUCUGGCUGAAUCGAGAUCCUAAAUCUAGGUUUGGGGGUGAAAUUCUCUUUGGAGGGGUGGAUAGUACUCACUUCAGGGGUCAGCAUACUUAUGUCCCAGUUGCUCAAAAUGGUUACUGGGAGAUUGAAAUAGGGGAUGUUGUUAUCGGAAACAAUUCAACAGGUCUUUGCAAAGGUGGCUGUCCAGCGAUUGUGGAUACUGGAACGUCUUUUCUUGCUGGUCCGACUACUAUUUUGACUCAAAUCAAUCAUGCUAUUGGAGCAGAAGGAUUUGUUAGUAUGGAAUGUAAAACUGUUUUCUCGAAUUAUGGGAAUAUGAUUUGGGAAAACUUAGUAUCAGGCUUACAACCUGAAAGAAUUUGCCACAGAAUUGGUAUUUGUACACGUAAUGGCACGUUUGAUGUAAGCCAUGUCAAGGAGAAAAUGGAAGCUAGAAGUUCGAAAUUGGAGAAGCUACCGAAUGAUGAGAGUGGUUUAUGUUCUUUCUGUGAGAUGACAGUUUUCUGGAUGCAAGUAGAGCUUAGAAAAGAGACAACAAAGGAAAAAACAUUUGAAUAUGUUAAUCAGCUGUGUGAGAAGCUUCCGGAUCCUCAAGGAAAAUCGUAUAUCAACUGUGACGUGUUUUCGCUGCCACAUAUCACAAUUACCAUUGGAAAUAAACCUUUCCCCCUUUCUCCAGAUCAAUAUCUUAUCAGAGUCGAAGACAACCAUGAUACUCGCUGUCUUAGUGGAUUUACAGCUUUGGAUGUGCAUCCACGACGUCCUCUCUGGGUUCUUGGAGAUGUAUUCUUGAGAGCAUACCACACUGUUUUUGACUUUGGUAAUCUACAAGUUGGAUUUGCAGAAAGUGCUUAGAGCAUAUUUCAAGAGUUAUGGCCAAAAUAUAUCAUAAAAUUGUUUGGUUUUGAAAGAAUGGUGUUUGGUUUACUACUUAAACCGUCAGUUCAGUUUGUUGGUGA